AUGAUACCCGUGAACAUCAUCACCGGCGCGCUCGGCGUCGGGAAGACGACGGCGUUGCGCCACCUCCUCUCCCAGCGCCCGCCGAACGAGCGCUGGGCGAUCGUCGUCAACGAGUUCGGCGCGCUCGGGAUCGACGGCGCGAUCCUCGACACCGCGGGCGGGAUGACGCGCCGGCCGGGGCCGCGCGCCGGCGGCGGCGGCGACGACGGCGGCGCUUCGGAACCCGUCGCCGCCGCCGCCGACGACGACGACGACGACGACGGCAUGGUCGUCGUCCGCGAGGUCGCGGGCGGGUGUCUCUGCUGCGCGGUCGCCGCGCCGUUCACGGUCGCGGUGACGCAGGUGCUGCGACGCGCGAGGCCCGAUCGGCUGUUUAUCGAGCCGAGCGGGAUGGGCCACCCGGGCGGGCUCUUCGACGCGCUGUCCAACGAGCACCUCCGCGGCGUCCUCGCCCUCCGCGCGACGAUCGCGCUCGUGGACGUCCGCGAGGUGGCGACGCGCGGGGAGGUGUUCCGAAGCGACGCGUUCGUGGACCAGGUCCAGUGCGCGGACGUCGUCGUCGGCGCCAAGGUGCGUUCGAUACACUGGUCCCCAUACGACCGCGUCGGCGUGGUGAACGCCGAUCCUUAA